GUAUCCGUGCCCACUGCAUGUUUACCACCUCUCUAGACUCCUCGUCGUCGUCUCUAAUCCCUCUUCGUCUUUCUAACCUCCCAUUCGACACUCUCGCGACUCGCAGGGUCCGUUCGUUCGGUACCUCGCUCUCGCUCUCGCUCUCGCGCGCUCUCUCUCUCUCUCUCUCUCUCUCUCUCGCCUCGUCUCCAUCAAGCCCUAGAAAUCCAUCACCGUUGCUGAUUUGAUCUUCCGCUCUCAAUCCUUCAAUCCUCGUCCCCGCUGGGGGCUUCGCCGCAUCGCCGCCGUUCGAUUCGAUCCCGUCGGAGAUGGUGAUGGAUUCGGACGAAGAGGACUUCGUGUUCCACGGCACGCCGAUCGAGCGCGAGGAGGGGGCGUCCAGCCGCAAGAAGAAGGCCCUCGCCGAAGCCUCCGGUAACUUGCGAUCCUUGCCCGCGUGGAAGCAGGAGGUCAGAGACGAAGAAGGACGGAGAAGAUUCCAUGGAGCAUUUACCGGAGGUUUUUCUGCUGGAUAUUACAAUACAGUGGGUACCAAAGAGGGGUGGGCUCCGCAGACAUUCACGUCAUCCAGGAAGAACAGAGCUGAAGUGAAACAGCAGAGCAUUUUGAACUUCUUAGAUGAAGACGAGAAAGUUGAGCUGGAGGGUCGUUCUUUGGCAACAUCAUCCCAGUUUGAUACGUUUGGAUUUACAGCUGCAGAACUUGCUCGCAAGCAGGCAGAAAAGGAGCGACAACAUAGGCAGUCAGCUAUUCCUGGACCAGUUCCCGAUGAACUCAUUCUUCCAGUGACAGAAUCUAUUGGUGUGAAAUUGCUCAAGAAGAUGGGAUGGCGUCAUGGUCAUUCAAUCAAGGACUCGCAAACUAAAUCGCUGUAUGAUGCACGUAGGGAAGCUAGGAGAGCUUUCCUGGCAUUUACAUCCGAUGAAACAAAUGCACAGCCUGAAUCUGAGCCUAUCACUGGUGAUUUUGAAGAUCUUCUGGAGCUUCCUGCAGAUACUGGUUCCAAAUUCUCUAAAAGCACUCCUGUUUAUGUUCUGAACCCAAAGCAAGACUUGCAUGGGUUAGGUUAUGAUCCUUACAAGCAUGCUCCAGAGUUCAGGGAAAGGAAACGGUUGCGCACAUCUGGAGGAAGAGAGCAUGCGCACAGCAGAGUUACAAAAGAUAAUUUUUCCAAGUCAAGAAAUAUUGCUCCUGGUUUUGGUAUUGGCGCCCUCGAAGAACUUGAUGCUGAAGAUGAGGAUGUCUAUGCAUCUGGUUAUGACUUCGGAUCUUUUGUUGAAGAAGUAGAAGAGCCAUCAAGACCUAGUUUGGAUUUUCAGGACAGGCCAAGAUUGACUGGAAACGAAAAUGGGAUUCUGCCCGGCUUUAGACUUGCUUCAAAUUCUGAUUAUCAAUUUCAGAGAUUUGAUCCUCCUGUAAUUCCAAAGGAUUUUGAACCUCAUCAUAGAUUCUCCGGGCCUCUUGAGGCUGAUCACUCCCUCUAUGACCCUCCCCCGCCAGAGUCUCCACCUCCUGAGGAUAGUAAUCUGAAGCUUUUAAUUGAGGGGGUUGCAGCUUUAGUGGCUCGAUGUGGAAAGUUGUUUGAGGAUCUCUCUCGGGAAAAGAAUCAAUCAAAUCCAUUAUUUAGCUUUCUUUAUGGAGGAGAUUUCUGUGGAUACUAUGAAAGGAGGCUUUGGGAGGAAAAGCAGAAACGCAAUCAAAGUAAGCCGCAUGUGGAAGGAAAGUUAUCUGUGGAUGUCCCAAAGAUGACAGCAGAGAGCCGUGGCAAAAUCCUAGGUGAAAGACCUCUGGAAAGAAGUGCAACGACUCCCAGCUCGUCUGUCGUGCCUGUAGAUGUGAAAUUUCAGAGUGAUCUGUCUGAAACAUUCACAAAAUCUUCAGUUCCCAGCGACAUUGUAGAAGUUUCAAAGCCGUUUAGAGAUGAUCCUGCAAAGCAAGAAAGAUAUGAGCAGUUUCUCAAGGAAAAGCAUUACGGGGGACUCCGUACCACUGAUUCAGGUGGAGCAAAUAAUAUGUCAGAAGCUGCUCGUGCUCGUGAGAGAUUAGAUUUUGAGGCUGCAGCUGAGGCAAUAGAGAAGGGCCAUUGGAGAAAAGAGUUCACAGAGGGCCGCACGGAGUCCUCAUCAACUGGUGGCAUGCAGUUUACUUCUGGAGGGAUAGAGCAAGUUAGAAGCUUUAAAGAUGAAGACUUGAUGACAAGGAAGCUAUACCCCAAAAGGGAAGAAUUCCAGUGGCGGCCUUCACCAAUCUUAUGCAAGCGCUUUGAUCUCAUUGAUCCGUACAUGGGGAAGCCACCACCACCUCCGCGGGUAAGGAGCAAGAUGGACUCUCUUUUUUUCAUUCCAGAUUCUGUCAAACUGACAAAAGUGGAAGAAUCAGCUAUUACAAGCAGUGAUACGUUGUCUAUGCGUCUGGAUAACCAACAAAAUAAUGACAUAGAUGAAAAGACAUCAGAAGAUAAGGUGGAAGUCGAAGUUGUCGGGAGGCCGGUUGACCUAUACAAGGCCAUUUUCUCCGAUGACUCUGAUGAGGAAAAGGGAACUCCCAUUGUGAAAAAUGUUGAAAAUCCGGACAAGAAGGUUCAGGCAGCAAAUGCAACACUGAACCGUCUCAUAGCUGGUGACUUUUUGGAAUCUUUGGGCAAAGAACUAGGUCUGGAGGUCCCCGCUGAUCGACCUAUCUCAUCAAACCAAGACCGGAAUCCCAGUGAGAAAGAAAUUGCCCAUGCUAGCGAUGGAGACAUUAAUAUUCUCCCAGUCCGUGACAGGUCAUUUGCUGUUCCUCAGAGGAUUUCCCAGCAUUAUGAGUUGCCAAAGGACAGAGAAUCUGCUCGAGAAGGCCUACAACCUAGAGAGAACAAAACUGUUUCUGGAGUACCAAGGGAAGAUGGCAAACAUGCCAAUGACAAGUUAUCUGAGGAAAGAUCAGUAAAACUUCAUGUGGAUUACUUGCCUCAGGAUCAUGGGAAUUCUAAAGCAAUAUCUAAAAGCCGUGAAAACAGGAGCCCUUUGUCCUCAGAGGAUGAAAAAAUUAGAAAAAGCUCUAGGCGAAGCCACUAUAGCAGUGACUCCGAAAGUGAUUCAUCAAGCGAUCAUCGUGAUCGAUACUACUGCAAGUCCAAAGAGAAAAAGAGAGAAUCUUGUCGAGAAAAGAGGCGCAGCAGAAGGAAACACUCAAAGCACCGGAGGCAUGGAAGUAGGGACUCUCCUGAGAAGUCUUCUCGCCAUAGAAGUGAAAAGGAUCGUGCAGAUGUCAAGACAGAGAGAGAGAGUGAGAUGAAAAGAGGAAAAUAGAUUCCACCUGGUUGACGAUAUAAUGACUAAAGGUUCAUGGAAGAUUUGCAGUUUUUCGUUUCGUCUUCUGAUAUCGUGUGGCUUUGGCUUUGGGGAAGCAAAUGUUGGGCCUGAGUAUAGUAAGAAGGUACACUUAAAAAUCUCACGGGGUCCAUCGUCCAGGGCUUUCUAAGAAGAAUCACAUCUGCUGCCCGCCGAUGUGAAGCAUCCGCAUUUACUCUUGCUCCCUCAAUUGCCAUGACGGAAUUCAGAAGGGACCGAUUGAGCAUGGCACGUCGAAGAAUUGCACUCCGUACAAAAUGACAUCAGAUGAAACUAUAGAGCUUUAAGUUUUAUUUUAGGCUUAAUCAUGAUGGGACACUCAUUUGUCCAUGGCAUUGUCGAAGGUAUCUUUCUAUGUACCUACAAGAAAAUAUUCAGUGGUUUGUGAGCACUAUGUCAAUAGCUGAUGUGGCAUGCAUUUUCACUUUGAACCAAUUACAAAUUGGGACGUAUAUACUGUUGUGGGUCUAGUUAAAACAAAAUAAAAAAUUCUUAAUCAA